CUCUCUCUCUCUCUCUCUCUCCCCACUUCCUCAAAGUAGCCAGAGCUCCUCUCUUUUCUCUUAUCCUCUCUACAUCCUUCCACCACUCCUCGUCUUCCUCCUCCAGCUGUGAGAGCGACCAGCACCAGCUCAGCCCAUUCGUCUUCACCUCCACAGGUUAAAAAGGAUCUCAGGCCGUCACUUUCCCAAACUUCCCCGCGAAGACUUUAUUUUCAUUCUUGACCUUUUUUGGUCCUUCACCCUUCCCCUCUGGAGAGGCCGGUUGGUGUGUGUGUCUGGCGUGUGUGCGGCAGCGUGUACGAGAGCUCCGGUGUCGUGCUCUUUGCCCUGAGGGAGUCCCUAAAGGUUGUGGCUGGAGAAGAAAAGUUUUCAUCACAAUGAAUGUUCAGCUGCUGCUCCUGUUGGCCCUGGUUGGCCCUUUCUGUGCCUUCACGCAUGCAAUCCCCACAACCAUCCCAACACAGGCUUAUUAUGAGACCACUGAGCGUGAAGCAGAUGUCACCUCAGGAGUUACUGAGGCUUCAAAACAAAACACUGCUGUUUUCACCGGUCCUCCUGCAACCGAACCAGCGGCAGCCCCUGCAGAAGUCACAACAGAAGCUGUCACUGAGGCACCACCUUCUUCUGUUAUGGAAAAUACUGAAGAGCCGACCACCCCUCCUUCUACUGUUGAAGCAUCAGAAUCCCGUAUCACUGACCCUCCUCCUGUGGAGACUGCAGCCCCCACUGAGCCGGCAGAGGCUGUGGUCCAAUCCGAGGCGACGGCAGCCGCCAAGGAAGAGGCGGGUGAAGAUGUAGUCAUUGAAGAUAAACUGAGUUCCGGCCAGAUUAUCGGCAUCGUGAUUGGCGCUCUGUUGGCAGUGGUCAUCGUCAUCGCUGUGGUCAUCGCUGUGGUGAGGAGGAUGGGAAAAUACUCCCCUUGAGGAAGAAGCCUGCCAAGCAGCAGCAGCGCCCAAAGUUCUGGAAAUUCUGAACUACUGAACUGUGACGUCAUUUCCGAAUCUUUAAAAGCCGAUCAUGAUACCAGAACUAAACCCAUCUAACCAGCACACGGAGAAGGGAGGCUUGUGUGUGUGUUAAUGUAUGUAUUGUAUGUGUGUGUGACAAGAGGGGUACAUGAGCAAACAUCCUCACCUCCCCCGCUACCUCCCUGACCCCCUGAAGCCGCUGAUAUAAAAGGCUCCAUCUUCCCCUACUCCCUCUGUGAGAACAAAACAAGGUGACAGCAGGAUGUCACAAAGAAUUUCAGGGCUUUUCAAAUGCAUUUUGUUAAGAAAAGAAAGAGAAAUAGGGGAUUAUCUGACAUGGAGGGGGGGCCUCACUCCUUUAAAGUGAUAUGCUUCAAGUGAGUGACCUAGAUUUGCAUCGAAGUUCAUGAAAAGGACAUAAAAAAUGGAAAAUACUGACAAAACAAAAGGAAAUUAAACACACACGAAAGGUGGCAAGAGGAAAAAUACAUGUAUAUACAAUGCAAGGGGGACUACGUAGAAUACAGCUAAUAACUUUCUCAUAUGUUGCAGUUGCCUAGGCUAGCAUUUGAUAUUAUGGAAUACCAUUCCAGAAUUGCGGGUAUAUUUCAAGUGUAGACAGAAAACAAAAAACAGGAAUGAUUUUUUUUUCUUUUUUCCAUUAACGUUUUUCAUUCUCAUAGAACACACUUUCACAUUUUCAGUAUUUCCUGGUCUUAAAGCUGCAAGAUGUAAAAUAUUUUAUUCAUAAAAACAGUCUACUAACAGGAAAAUCAGUCAACUCCACAAAUUAAUUUUUGCUUCUACACCCAUUAAUUCAACUUUAAGUCUAAUAAGAUACAGACUUUUUGCUUUGUAAAAAUAUCAGUACAUUAAACUGAAAAGUUUCCAAGAUGGUGGAUGUUUUCUCUUAAUAAUAGCUUUAAAAAUUAAUGAAAUGCUUUUAAAUUUCAUGUAGGAAGAAUGUUAAUAGUAACACAGCUUCUGAUCAGUUUGUUAACAAUAAAAACAUAUCUAAUCACAGUUUUUAAAGCAAAACCUUAAAUGAUGGUAAUAAAUUCAGGGGCAGCUAUAACCCGAACACAGCUUUUCCCAGACAACAGGCAAGGACCCUAGAGAGCCUAAACAUGCACUGUCAUUGUGCAGCCCCCUCAGGAAGCAUGCCCCCAUGCCUCACCGUACCAGCUCUCUCAUGCUCUGGGCAAGCAAAUCAAUCAAUUUGUGUAUGAUGCGCUGUCAGCUUCAGUUUCCUUAACCUGGAGUGGUACACUACAAAUGUACCCUUUACAUUAAAAUGACCCACAAUCCCUAGAUAAGAGUAAUUUAACAUUUGACUUGGCUACUCAUCGCCAACUCUGUAAUUGUUAAAUUGUUUAAACAACAGAGUUGAUAUUUUCCACCAUUUUGUGCCUUAUGUCCAUAUACUAACUUCAAACCUUCCCACCAGAGGAAGUGACAUCACUGGUGCAAGUCACAUGUUUUUUUUUUUUUAAUCAGAACUCUUUGCAGAUUUUCAUGUGCUUUUAUAACAGAUUUGACCAUAACAUUGGUCAACUUUGUGUCUAGAGUUGAACAGAACACUGGUCAACUCUAGACACAAAAUUUAUUUUUGUACAUAUUACAUAAAAAAUAGAUAUUAUGUGCAGUUGAUUUUAUAACUGCUAAUAGAGUAAGCACAAAAAAACUGAAAGUUUGACUUAAGAAUUUCAUGUUAAUUCAAGUUGAAUGUAUGACUCAAGAGCCAAAGACAGUCAAUAAUGUGUGGGGUGGGAGUCAGUUAGUUCAUAUUUUACAUGUAAAUUGUGUCCAAAAUAUACAUCAAGCAAUAUUCUUUGGAAAAUUUUAAUAUAAUUAGUAUUAUUAUUAUUCAAAACUUAUUCAAAGUUUUAUUAAAAGCUUUAUCUGGAAUAUGCGAAAUGUACCUGCAAUUCUAGAAAGUGGCAGCCUUAGCAUAUAUUGUUGUGGCCUUUAAAACACCCCUUAGCACCAGUUAAAACAUUUUCUCAUGUAACCAGAAUUUCUGACAUGUUGGUCAACUGUAUGUAGCACCGUGUGCAGAAGUUGCUCUGACACUAACGCUCUUGAGCUCUGUUGGCCAGCAUGGGGCUAACAGAAAAGAAAAGGCACCCUCGUUCGCAAGAGUAACGUGACAUUCUGCCCACUUUAACACUGACAUAUAAAAACCUAAUACAUAUCUGUGAAAUUUAGCAGAAGGGUUUGUGCCACUGUCUCUGGUAUUCUCUAGGUAGUUAAGAGGAUUUUAACUUUUGAAGUGCAUUAUUAAUGUGAAUUGACUGUACUUUUUAACUGCCACCCAUUCCAAAACAAACAGCUUUGUUGACUUCUGGCUUCUUGUUCCAUAUAAAGCCUUAUACACAACCAGUGGUCCUUAGACAUAGUGAUAGCAUUGUCUUGACAGUGUAUUCAUAGUACUUAGAUUACCAGAACAGUCAUCCAGUUUUUAAAUUGUGCUAACCCCAGAUUGAGUGCACAGGAUAUUUUAUAGUUGCACUUAGUUUUAGUGCAGUGUUAGGCAGUGAUGCCCUUUUUUGUUAUUUUUUGCCAUUGUAAGUUUGCUAAAUGGGUGUACAAAUAAUGAAGUCUCAGCUUAGCUCCGCUUGCUUUACAAACUCGUUUAAUAUGUGCACUGAAUGAGUGAUGUAAUGUUUAAUGAAUAGGCUUUAGACACUGCAAAAGUUUGCAACGACAUGUGUUCGUGUCCUCCCUUUUGCUUUGCCACAUAUUAUCAGUUCUAGGUCUUUAAUUUGUGCCAUCUGAUUUGUUUGAAACUUUUAUUUAAUUAUUUUUGUUCAUACUGUUUCAAUAAAAAAAAAAAAAACUGAAAACACCCCACAAAAUAUUUCACUAAAUUGUU